AUGAUAGUAAAAUUUCACAAAAAAACAGAGAGAAUAAAAGGGUUGUCUUUUCAUUCUAAAUAACCUUGGCUUUUAGUUGGUUUUUAUUCAGGAGAAAUCUAAAUAAUUGAUUAUAGAUAUGGAAGAGUAUAAAAUAAAAUAAUUUAAUAAAGACAAUAAAUGAAUUCUCUGAACAUGAAGGACCUGUGAUAUCAGUUUAAUUCCAUUAGUCUUUAAGUUUAUUCAUUUCAGAUAGUGAUGAUUCUACUGUAAGAGUAUGGAAUUAUACAACAAAAAAAUGUUAAUUUGUAUUGCGUGGUCAUUUAGAUUUUGUAAGAUGUGUAAAUUUUCACUCAGAAUUACCAUGGUGUGUAUCAGGAUCUGAUGAUUAAACUUCUAGAAUUUGGAAUUAUUAAACUAGAUAGAGGAUAGCUACUGUAACUGGACAUAGUCAUUAUGUAAUGCAUUGUGAAUUUCAUCCAUCUAAAGAUUUCAUGAUAACAUGUUCAUUAGUUUAGGAAAUUAGAUUAUGGUCAAUAACUCAACUUAAAAAGAAGUUUAUAUAAAAAAGUGUAAUCAUAAACAUUUAAUAGAAAGAUUUAAUUGGGAGGAUAAACUAAUGAAUUAGAAUUGGUUUAAAUAUUAGAAUGACAUAAUUAGGGUGUAAAUUGGUGUUCAUUUAAUCCAAAAGAUGGAACUAUUUUAUCUGCUUCUGAUGAUAAGAAAAUUAAACUCUGGAAAUAUUUUGAAACAAGAGGUUAUGAAUUGGAGACUUAUUAGGGACAUUUUGUAUUUAUUAAAUUAAAUUAUAGAAUUAUGUGAGUUGUGUUAUGUUUCAUCCUUUUCAAAAUUAUUCUUUAUUUAUUUCCAUUUCAGAAGAUAAGACUCUUAGACUUUGGGAUUUAAAGAAAAGUAUUGAAAUUGAUUGUUUUACUAAUCAUGAAUUAGUGGAUAUGUGCUGUUCAUUAAUCAAACUAUUAUUUUGCUGCAGGUAGUUAUUCUGCUUUAUAUAUAUUUACAUUAUUUAAAAAUAGACCUGCUUUUAAUUUAGUUAAUGAUAAUAUUUUAUAUCUUGGAACUAGAAAAUUAAUUAAGAUUUUAGAUUUAUAAAAAGGCUCAAAUAAAACUAUUAAAAAUUUAUAAGAAUUAUCAUGCUUAUCAGAUAAUUUACUUUAAGAUAAUGUUGAAUAGAUUCUAUACAACAUUUAUGAGAAUUAAAAGUUAUAAUUUAUUGCAAAAUUGAAAAGUCAUUCUCAUUCUCAUUCUAAAUCAAUAGGAGUUUCAAAGUAUCUGGUCUAUGAAUAAAAUACUAAUACUUUUAAAUUUUUUUUAGCAAAGUCUGCUAUUUUUAUAGGCAAGUCUAAUAUUCUAAAAUCAAGAGAAAAUUCUGAAUUGGAAAUUUAUAAUUUUUAAACUGAUAAUUACAUUUCUUUGGACUAUAAAGCUGAUCGGCUUUUCACUUAUAAUGGUGGAAAAGCUAUCUUUUAUACAGAUUCGAUGAUAAAUGUACUAGAUCCAAUUUAAAAUAAAAUUAUAAAUCAGAUUUCUUGUAAAAAAGAAUUAUAAAUGAUUAUUGUAUUUUAAUACAAACUAAAAAAGGAAUUUAUUUUGUUUACAAGAGAUCUCUUGCCAAUUACACAAAUUUUAGAAAAAAUUAACAUAAAAUCAGUUUUGUUUCUAAGUGAUUCAAUUAAUAUUGUACUCUAUUCGACAAAAGUUCAUGUGAAAUAUCUUUUAUUGAAUGGAGAUAAUGGAAUCAUUAGCAGUAUGAAAACAGUUCCUUAUUUAAUUUAAUUAUAACCUGUUAAAGAGAAAUCAGGUUUUUACUAUAAAUUAUUUUAUAUGAACAAUAUGGAAAAAUUAUUAAACAUCAAAAUCGAAUUUUCAGAAAUAUUUUAAAAUAUGGAUUAAUUGAAAAAAACUUUCCAUAUGUUUAAAAUUUUAUAGAUAAUAAUUAGAAAUUAGGUGAUUUAAUUAUUGCCUAUUUAUAUUAAAAAGGAUACUUUACAUUUGCUCUUAAAUUAGUAAAUGAUAAAAAUAUGA